UAGACAUUUUAAGGAUCUGAGGGUGUACGUGGAAAGGGAAAGCUGCUAGUGUAUAAAUGUUCUCUUUCAUUUAACUGCAUGCUGUCGCAUCUCUUUAAUCCAGUAUGAGCGAAACUUUCUAUGCAAAACUCGCACUCAUAGUGCUUAGCUCAAUUGCUGUGCGUUGGAGCAUAGCAAAGCAUGAUUAUUCGGGGUAUAACAAACCACCAAUGUUUGGUGAUUUUGAAGCACAGCGGCACUGGAUGGAGAUUACAGUAAAUUUGCCUCCUCACCAGUGGUACACAAACACCACUGAAAAUGAUCUUCUUUACUGGGGCCUUGAUUAUCCACCCUUGACAGCUUAUCACAGUUUUCUUUGUGGUCUUCUAGCAAAAUGGAUUAAUCCAGAUUGGGUGGCCCUGAAUACCUCAAGAGGACUUCAAACUUAUCAUCACAAACUUUUCAUGAGAUACACAGUGCUAUUCGCCGACUUGUUGACCUAUAUCCCUGCCUGCAUCCUUGUGUUUAUAUCCCAGUAUUCCUAUUCUGAAAAUGAUAAGCUAAAAGGCAUUGUUGUCCUCCUGUUAUUGCCUGGCCUGGCACUUAUUGAUUAUGGCCACUUUCAAUAUAAUGGAGUUAGCCUUGGCUUGACUCUGAUGGCAACAUGGGCACUUGGUAUUAAGUGGGACCUACUGGGUGCUGUGCUUUUCUGUCUGGCACUGAACUACAAGCAGAUGGAGCUGUACCAUGCCUUACCUUUUUUCUGUUAUCUUCUUGGGUCCUGUUUUCAGCUGGGAACUGCGAGAGGAAGUAUUAAAUUGAUGAUGCUAGCCAUGGUGGUCCUAAUCUCUUUUGGAUUUUGUUGGCUACCUUUCCUGAGCAGUAUAGAAGCAGUACACAGUGUUCUUGUUAGACUUUUUCCCUUUAAUAGGGGACUUUAUGAGGACAAAGUUGCCAAUUUCUGGUGUACUUUAUCUGUGCUGAUCAAACUGAAAGCGAUCUUAACAGUGGAAAAUCUCGUCUUCCUCUGUCUUGGCAGUACUGUUCUGCUACUGCUACCAUCCUCUGUCCAUCUACUAGUAAAACCCAGCAUUAAAAGAUUUAAGCUAGCAUUGAUCAAUUCAUCAUUAGUCUUCUUCCUGUUUUCAUUCCACGUACAUGAGAAGUCUAUUUUGUUAGCAUUGGUUCCAUCCUGUCUGCAAGUUGUAGAUCAACCAUUAGCCAUCUCGUGGUUUAUUUCCAUUAGUUCAUUGAGCAUGCUUCCUCUGCUAGUGAAAGAUGGCUUAUUGAUUCCGGCUAUUGCUACAACAGUUUUGUCGAUGGAGCUGAUCAGAUUGUUUUUCACACCUUUACACGGCAAACCAUUUGUACUCAAACUGCUGUAUACUGCAUCUUUAAUUGGAAGCUGUCUGCUGGCAGUGGUGAGCCAAACGCUGACACCUCCUCCACAUCUGCCUGACCUGUAUACAGUGAUGAUCGCUGCUUACUGCUUCGCGCAUUUUGCUGUUUUUCUUGUGUACUUUCACUAUUUGCAGCUUACUUCUUAAACUUGGAUUAAAAGAAUAGCACUAUGUAA